AUGGAAAUAAAGGUGCAACUAAAAGAGAAGAACAAGGAGGAAGACUUGGCAAGCAAGCAAGUCUCAGAUGAACUUGAGAAGAGUUGUUUGACAGAAGAAGAAGAUGAAGACUAUUUGUCUGAUCAGAACAGUAAGAAGAGGACAAGAGUACUUAAGACAACUUCUGAAUCAGAGCAAAGAAAGAAGCGCAAGUCAAGCAAAGAACCUCGCUACAAUAAUACGUCGUCGUUUGAUGACUGGCUUUUCGUUGGUACCGUUAAUCCGCAAAAGAAGGCUAUCAAGAUUGAUGAUGAAGACAUGAACUUAAAGGUGGAGAGGUCAUCAUCAUCAGCAUGUGGAGGUUGCUUUUUCCCCAAGGCUCAGUUUUUGUCUGAAGUUGGAAUCUAUUCAUUACCAUAUACAGUCUUGUUUUAG